AUGACUCGUCUGCUGAAUAUCUUCGCAACCAUCGCCGGUGUCCUGAGCAUCCAGGCUGAUCCUUUCGCUGACGAUCUAGUUGCAAACUUCACGGUUCUCCUUGGUAAUUCGGAUGUCCAAAAGUUCAUAGACGAAGCCCUGAUGGAUGCACCUCCACCGCCUAAUCUCAAUAGUCGUGAGCUGGAUGAGGUUCUCGUAGACGGAGAUCUCCCGAGCAAGCCGGGCCCCAAGCCGGACCCCAAGCUGGACCCCAAGCCGGACCCCAAGCUGGACCCCAAGCCGGACCCCAAGGUGGACCCCAAGCCGGACCCCAAGGUGGAUCCCAAGCCGGACCCCAAGCCGGACCCCAAGCCGGACCCCAAGGUGGACCCCAAGCCGGACCCCAAGCUGGACCCCAAGCGGGACCCCAAGCUGGACCCCAAGCCGGACCCCAAGCUGGACCCCAAGCCGGACCCCAAGCUGGACCCCAAGCCGGACCCCAAGCCGGAUCCCAAGCCGGACCCCAAGCCGGACCCCAAGCCGGACCCCAAGCCGGAUCCCAAGCCGGACCCCAAGCCGGACCCCAAGGCCUACCCGUUCUGUUCUAAAUGCAAAACCAUUCACAUUGCGGCCAUCAACGCGUAUUUCAUCCAGCAGAUCACCAAGUUUUGCAAGGGAAAAGGUUAUGCCCACUCCUCAUCCACAUCCGAUUUCUGUGGAUUCCUCCAGGAGGGAAUUUCCUCGCUCAAUCAGGUCUUGAAUGGUUACAUCUUCGUACGCACCUGUGCUCUUCAACUCGCGACCUCUAUAUGCAUCGCCAAUAAUCAGUGUCCGACCAAGGAUCCCUACAACGCCUUUUCCAUUCCGAUGGUUCCUGGACGACCCAUAGGCUUGACUGGUUUCGAGUACUGCCCACGUUGGUCUUUUCGCAAGACUAAGGCCUGUUUCGGAGUGAUACCAAAGAAACUGCUGCAGUUCUUCUUCAGCUUGGUGCGGUAUGCAUGUGAUCACUAUCAUAUCAAGGGUCUGGAUGAGUACUGCGGGUAUAUUGCGACUGAUUCCAGCUUUGGUAUUGGCCUGGUCUUGGGGUUUGUGAGUAUCUACGAGCAAGCUACCGGUCAUUGUGUCCGCAACCUAUACCAUUAGUUUUUAUGAUAUAUCAUGGUCCUCCAAUGAGUUCUUCCGGAGUUUGUGCUUUUGAUCAGUGUUCAGAUCGUGUUGGAACGCAAAAAGUGAAUUCUAUAUGAAGCUGAUCCGAUCAUCAACUCUCCUUUCGUUACAUCCACUCUACUACGACUUCAUCAGAGCCUGAUUCUUUUUCAUUGCAUCCAGUCAAGCGCGACUCGGCUACAGCCUUCAAGGCUGAGCCUUGUUCUCGAGCGCUUCUGGUCUGCUAACUAUUUGGUCUACAAGUCAAUGCUGAUUCUAUGGUGCUGUCUCCUAUUUCUAUGAUGCACGCAUGCGCAUCAGCCUGAAUAUUGCCAGUGUGACGCGUGCGCAUCUUCUUGACCUCAUGAUGAUGUACGUGCACUAUUAACUAACCUCGUUAUUUCUGGUCUGUGCUCGAUCUACUUGAGCUCUCUUAUUGCUUCCUAUUGUCAGUACGCACUUCCAUC